GCGACUGUCGCCAGAGGUCAACUCUUCCUCGCGGCGAACCCCUUGAUCAGUUUCUCUAGAGGAGUGGUGGUGGUGGGGGAGUGAGGGCAGACGUUCGCCUCCCUGUCGCCGUCCGUCGAAGGAUCUGCCCUUCACUAAAAUGUCGGCGCCGAUAAGAAGUUAAGUACAUUGGGUAGAUGGAGAGCCAUGUUGAAGCAUGGCCAGAGGGCCAGCGUUCCCAGGAGGCUCCAGGAGGUGUUCGGACAGCCCCUGGAACUGAGGAAGAAUGUGCUGUUCUCUACUCAGAUGCUGAGGAUGACCCCUCACUCUUGACGGUCAAUGGAACAGGCCCCCGAGCCCCCUUCCAUUGCUCCGAAUGUGACAAGAGCUUCCGCUACCGUUCGGACCUGCGGCGCCAUUUUGCCCGACACACUGAACUGAAGCCUUUCCAGUGCCCUCACUGUGUCAAGAGCUUCAAGCAUUCUUUUAAUUUGGUGAACCACAUCCGGAGCCACACUGGGGAGCGCCCGUACCGCUGCACCAUGUGCCCCAAAGGCUUCCGGGAUUCCACAGGACUUCUUCACCACCAGGUGGUCCACACUGGAGAGAAGCCUUACUGCUGCCAUAUCUGUGAGCUUCGUUUCUCCUCCCGCAGCAGUUUGGGCCGCCACCUCAAGCGCCAGCACCGGGCAUCUCCUGCCACUGCAGCCCCUCAAGCGCCUACUCCGCGCUGCUUGGCCUGCGGCAAAGAGCAGAGUGCCUUGGGGCACCUUUGUGCUGCUGGCCGAGGCCGGGCUGCUCCUUUUGGUUGUGGGGCCUGUGGGCGGCACUUCCAGCUAGCCUCUGAACUUCGCCGUCAUUGGCUGGCUCAUACUGACAUCAAACCCUUUAAAUGUCCUGAUUGCGAGAGAGACUUCAAUGCUGCUUCCCUCUUGGAACGCCAUAAACUCACUCAUGCCAAGGACAGGCCCCCACCAUGCCAGCUUUGUUCCAAGAAAGCUCAGAAGAGGGAUGGGAGGAUGCUGGAACUAAAGGGCAUGGAGGAACAGCCAAAAGGAGGUGAGCAGGAGGAGGAGGAGGAGGAGGACCAGCGGCACAGCAGAGGCUGUCCAUCCUGCCACUCUCCUGAUACUCGCCCCCCAGACACGUUGUACCAAUGUGAGUGUGGAACCUUUUUUGCCAACAGUAGCACUCUUGCAGCUCAUCUGACUGCCCACGGAGGCGAGCCCUCUUUCACCUGUGGCAUAUGUGGCCAGCCUUUUGUGAACUUGCAGGCCCUGGAGGAGCACCAGCUGAGCCACGCUGUGUCCACAGCGCCAGUGCCAGGUCCAGGCAGCGAAUUAGAACGUCACCUGUUGCCCCAGCUGGAUCUCCGGACAUUCCCAACUCAGCCCAGCAAGAAACUCUACAAGUGCAGUGAAUGUGAGAAAUUCUUCCGCAGUCCCCGAGAUCUGGACCGUCACGUCUUGGUGCACACCGGUGAGAAACCCUACCAGUGCACUGAAUGCGGAAAGUUCUUCCGGCAUGAAUGUUACCUGAAAAGGCACCGUCUAUUGCACAGUGGCGAGCGUCCUUUCAAGUGCACUGUCUGCCACAAGGGGUUCAUCACCCUGAGCAACCUCUCCCGCCAUCUCAAGCUGCACCGAGGGAUUGAUUAGGAGGGCUAUCCUGAACUCCCUAAGAAUAGCCCUCCUUCCCCAGCACUACCUCCAUCCCACAGUGGCAGCCACAGAUGUUCCCGUUUUGGAGGUAGACUUCUGCCUGAUGUUCUCGGACUCUGCCUGCCCUCACCCUCCUUCCUAGUUCAGUACUUUAAGGCAAGGACUUGAAAUGAAAAAAAUUAUUAUUGUUAUUAUUAUUUACCAAUGUUCCACUACUGUUAAUAGAGUACAUUGCACAUGCUUGGCAAAUUAUAAGGUGUGUUGGGUAGAGAGGAAUAUCUCCCUGUUUAUUGCCCUGAUCGGUUCCAGAAAGUUUUUGAUUUCAGAACAGGAAUAUUCCGAGCCAUGGGAAGAAGGAGGAAAAACCCCUUGGUUAAGUGUCUAGCGUCCAAAGGUACUUGUGUGUGGGUGAUCUUAUUAACAGUGCUGAAAUGACCUUGGCCAAUAAUCCUGGAGAAAGAGCUUUAGGGCAGAGUCAUUCUCUUGCUCCAGAAAAUAAGGAAACUUUGCUGGAUAUUUCCCCCUUGGAGUAUUUCCCAAUCACUUUAGUACUGGGAUCUUGUACUAAAAGGCAGCACAAUUGGCCAAAAAGAUAUAUAUGCACAAAUCUAACAUGCAUCAUUCUUUAGUCUGUGUAGUUUUCUUUCCUCUUUCCUUUUUCUUUUCCCAUUUUAUUCUUGAUAGGACUACAGUUAGAUGUACUUUCUGUUCCUCAAGGUAGAGAAAUCUUAUGUCCCUUAUAAUAGCCAUUAUCUCCAAGGUUAAAUAGGGGUAACAUGUUUACAUCAUAAUUGUAAUUAAUUGAGAAUCUCCAAAAAGGUUCAGAUUGAUUUAGAGAAGCCCACUAGUACAAGAUUUGAGAACUUUUACUUCACAGUAUAUAUGCUACCAAAGGAAUAUUAGAAAAGGGAUAUUAGAUAUUGAAAAGUAAUUCACACUUUUUAAGUGUGUAUGUAAUUCACACCACUGAUUUUUUUAAAAAUCACAAAACUUAACAGCCUCUCUCUUCCCACCCCCCUCCAAAUAUCAGCCUUUUGUAUUUAUUUUAUUUAUCUCCCAUCUUUUUCCUACAGCUCUCACCAGCCUUUCUAGCACACAAUGUCCAAAUUUUCUUCACAACAACAAUUUUAUGAGGGACUCUGGUGCAGCUUGAGAAGGAUGAAUUCUGUUUCCCAUUUUUAAUCUUGUGAUAUGACAUGUUUUCUCCUUGUUUUAACUUAUCAGCCAAAAGAAUGCUCAGUUUCCUUUGCUUUGGUGUGAAGUUUCAGGGCAGAGAAACUAAGUAUUUAAUAGAAGGCAAUGUUUUACAAAAUAAUUUAAAGAGUAUUUGUCAUUUUAAUGGUAAUAUUGAGGAGCUGGUAUAUUUCUCCUUUGGUUGGCUGUAGGAAGGGUGGAAUUUUGAGUUGGCCUAAGAUUCUGUAUAAUUUCAAAAUGAUACUUAAAAUUGCUGAUUUUGUUAGGUGCCUAGUAGCAUCUCAAAGAUUGCGAUGGCCUAGGAACAAGGAAAGCUCACAUUUACGUGUUAAUAAUUAAAUAUGCAACGGAGAACAAACUAAAAAGCAAGGCAUAUUAUCUAAAUCAGGGAUAUUUAGCUUCGGCAACUUUAAGAUGUGUGGACUUCAACUCUGAGAAUUCCCCAGCCAGCGUGGCUGGUUGGGAAUUCUGGGAGUUGAAGUCCACAUGUCUUAAAGUUACCAAGAUUGGACACCCCUGCUCUAAACAAGAAAUUAGAACAUAGUGAAGAGUUGUAUGUUCUUGAAGUUUAUAUGAAAACCUAACACUGGGUUGGCUUUGCUUCAUAUUCUUUUGCCAUUCUGCUGCCCCUCAUAAGACUUCCUGGCUGGGCAGACUCAUUUCUCCAAUCCCUACAAAUUCUGGGUUCUGAUGGAGUAGCCCCUCCCCUUCCCAAUAUGGAAUUGUUUGCUGACCAACAGCUGAAUCUUCUCCUGGGUUUUUAUCCCUCCUCAUUUUUUAAGUCCUUGAUAGGUCCUUGAACAUCUAAUAAACUUACGUUCCUGACCAAAUCCCAGUUCCUUAUCUUCUGUGGAAUGUAAGCCUUGUAUCUGGGCAUUUCUGUAUUAUGUUUUAUUGAAAAAAAAUAACUGCACAUGUGGGUAUUUGCUUAUGUUUUGGAAACAAAACCUGUCCAGUUUGCCUGGCUAAGGGGCCUACUUUAUCUGUCCUCUGCUUGAAAGCUUAUCUACUUCAACCUUGGUCUCAAGAUAAUUAACCACAAGAGAGAGGUGGGGAGGGGAAAUAUCCAUCGGUAGUACCUGGGCAGUGAAAUAAGCCAUUUCAGUUGAAGUAUUCUCCAAUAUGGCUGGCCAGUAUUGUAUUUCUGUUAAUUUACCAUUAUAUUAAACCUGCAUCAUAUACAUA